AUGGCCAAAAAGCCGUUCUUCACCGCCGAGGACGCCAAGACGUCCUUCAACCUCUUCUGCUGCAUCUACGGCAUUGGAACGCUUGGUAUGCCUGGCAACUUCGCCCGCGCUGGACCAACCAUCGCUGUUGUAGCCAUGGCCUUCAUGGCCUUCGCCAACAUCUACUCGUCCGUCGCCAUGUCCAAGGUCAUUCUGCUCGCCCCCACGUCUGUCAAGACUUUCGGUGACCUCGGAGAAUGGGCAAUGGGUCAGUGGGGUCGUUGGCUCUGCAUCAUCUCCCAAAUGGAGGGAUCGGGUGCUGCGUUCGCAGGCUGCUUGGGCACUAUCAUCGCUGAUGUCAUCGGUGUCGGCGUCGUCAUGCACGGCAUGCGCGGCCACCCGAGUGUUCCGUUCCCGGAGCUCAAGUUCUCGCAA